ACCCUCCAAACCACCUUUUUCCUCUUUUUUUCCCCCUUCCCCCCCCCGCAGAUUUUCUCCAUUUUCGCCUUCGCCACGUGCGGCGGCUACAGCGGCGACGUCUCCUUCUGGGUGAGCUGCUGCGGCGGCCCCAACACCACCGUGACGGCGGCGUUCGGUUACCCCUUUCAGUUGAACUACGCCACCUUCGCCCCCUCGCUGAAGAACCUCUGCAACGAGACGUGGAGUGCCGACGUGCACCUGGUGGGCGACUUCUCCUCCUCCGCCCAGUUCUUCAUCCCCGUGGCCGUCUUCGCCUUCCUCUACAGCAUGGCCGCCCUCGCCGUCUACCUGGGCUACUUCCACCUCUACCGCGGCGCCGGCGGGGAGCUGCCCCUGGGCUGCCUGGUGAGGUGGCAACCCCCCCACCCGUGA